ACCCAACUUAAAAUUUUCACCUGUGAAUACUGCAAUAAAGUCUUUAAGUUCAAGCACUCGCUGCAAGCCCACCUGCGAAUCCACACCAACGAAAAGCCUUAUAAGUGCCCGCUCUGCAACUAUGCCAGUGCCAUCAAGGCCAACCUCAGUGUCCACAUGAGGAAGCACACGGGGGGAAAAGUUCAGUUGUGA